GUGAGUUGAGUAAUGGCUCGGGAGGACACGAGAUAGCUGACGAGCUUAGAAGUAUUCGCUUAUUUUAUUAUUUUACCGAUACCUGUAAUUGGACAGAUAUUUGGCUUUCUCGGCGUUCAUCUUGAUAACUUGGUUUGGACUCCGUUUUUUGUGUUUACAUAGUUACUGUAUGCAGUGGAAUGGCUGAAGUGCCGCCUGGGCCUAACGCACUGACUGCAUCCCCGGCCGAGAUUAUUCCACUGCCCGUGGACGGGUGUUCAAUACGGGCCAGCGAUGAAAAAGUGGACUGCGGUCGAGGAGACGGCAUAACUCUGGGGACGGAACCUAAAGGCGCAAUUAAACCAAACCAAAACCACGUCCACCCCAACUCGUCUGCUCAGCUGCACUCUGCACUGAAGCAUCUUAACGGCGUCGGCGACCACCCGGAGGACGAGGGGCAAGGCGCUCACGCUCCCGUCCACAACCACGUCCGGCACCCGGCUCACAGGGAGCCCGACAAUCAGAAAGCUGUUUCGGGACGUUUCGACAGCUUUGGCGAGGCACUAGCCGAGCACACGGGAAAUACUUUUACGAAAAACAAACGGGGCAGUAGUUCGAGUCGCUCGCUGCCGAACAACGGCAUCGACUCCACGGCCAUACCCGAGACCACACCGAGCCGCCGGCCAUGCGAUAGUACGUGCUUGAGAGCUGGGGGCGGCAGGACUGUAGGUCACUUUUUACUCGCCGACUCCAACGACAUCGGGCAAAAGGACGAUGACCAGAAAGGCCCUUGGCUGCAUGGGGCUGGAGUUGAGCAAGCGGCGGCUUCCGUGACCGCUGAGCUGGGAAGCUUGUCGUUGACAGGAGGGCAAACGGCCGAGAGCACCAUCAGUUACGUGAGAUACGAAUCAGAGUUACAAAUGCCAGAUAUAAUAAGGCUCAUAACUAAGGACUUGUCUGAGCCUUAUUCCAUAUACACCUAUAGGUACUUCAUUCACAACUGGCCACAGCUCUGCUUUCUGGCGAUGGUGGAGAAAACAUGUGUUGGUGCCAUCGUGUGCAAGCUGGACAUGCACAAGAAGAUGUUCAGGCGAGGCUACAUCGCCAUGCUUGCCGUGGACUCCAAAUUCCGUCGGAAAGGCAUUGGUACAAGCCUUGUAAAAAAGGCUAUAUAUGCCAUGGUAGACGGGGACUGUGACGAGGUGGUGCUGGAGACAGAGAUCACCAACAAAUCAGCCCUGAAACUUUACGAGAACCUGGGCUUUGUGAGGGACAAGCGGCUCUUCAGAUACUAUUUAAAUGGUGUGGACGCGCUGCGUCUCAAACUCUGGCUGCGCUGAGUCUGCUCGCGACUUCCUCCACUGACCCUCUGCUCCUCUGUCCUCCUGCCCCUCCGUCCCCAGCUCUCCCGCAGCCAGGAGGAGCUACCUCCUGUCCGUGAGUACAGCGGGUCAGCCUCCCGCAAGCCACGAAGGGGAGUCGGCCCGCAUGGCAAAUGAGCAAAAUGUAAUAAAGAGUUGUAAGUACCUUUCUGUGAGCGAGAAACAUUAUUGCAAGACAAAAGGGGUGGGUGCUAACUUUAUAAAAACAGUUAUGGACUCCA